UGUUUCAGGUGAUGCUGGCCAGUUGUGCUCGUCAGGAGGACUUACCUGCUGUACAAAGGGAAUGGAGAGUCAGCUGGUGGAGCUGAGUGCCAAAGAAUACCAAACACUCCAGCACAAAGCUAUCGAGCCGCUUCGGUCUUUAUUCACAUCGAGAACAAAUAAAUUUGAUGAAUUCUUCAAAGCUCUAUUGAACAAUUCUUACAACGACUUGCACACAAUGUUUGUGAAAACCUACGGUCUCCUUUACCAGCAGAAUGCAGUUAUCUUCUCCAGGCUGUUUGCUACCCUACACCGUUACUACAGGGGCUACGAUGUAGACCUAAAGGAAGCCCUUAUGUCAUUUUUUGUCUCUUUACUGAAGAAGAUGUAUCAGUUGAUCAAUUCCCAACAGCAACUUAGUGAACGUUACUUGGAGUGCGUUGGAUCCCAAAUGAAAAGUCUUCAGCCCUUUUUGGAUAUACCUAAAAAAUUAUCACAGCAUGUCAAGCGAUCUUUCAUAGUUGCCCGGACCUUUGUACAAGGGCUCAGUAUUGGUCGAGAUGUCAUCAUAAAUGUCUCUAAGAUUGAACCAACCAAGCGCUGUGCUCGCAGUCUGGCGCAGAUGAUGUACUGCCAGCGCUGUAACCAAGUUCCUCACAAGAAACCCUGCACAAACUAUUGUAUGAAAACCAUUGAAGCAUGUCAGCCUUAUCACAAACAGUUCAACGAUGUGUGGAAUGCUUAUAUACAUGCCCUGGAGAAGAUAACGCAGCAACUGAAUGGACCUUUCAACAUAGAAUCUGUUAUUGAUCCCAUCAAUGUUAAAAUAUCAGAUGCCAUCAUGUCUUUCCAGAACAAAGCAGCUGCAGUCACAGAACAAGCUUCUGCCAAAUGUGGCCACCCAUCCUCACGAGUUCCAAGACAUGCAGACAAUAUGGUACAUGAAAAGUUCGUUUAUGAAUGGCCCUCAAAGAAGAACCUUAAACGGCCAAUCACAGCUGCUGGAACGAGUCUCGACCGGCUUGUACGGGACAUUACUGACAAAGUCAAAAUAGCCUACGACUUCUGGAUAAAUGUCCCUUAUUUUGUAUGCAAAGAAUCUCUGUCUUCAAGAGGUGCUCCAGUCAGUAAAUAUCAGGUGACGUUAGGUAACCUGUCCUCGGUCACAGCCAUGACACCUAACGAAGAAAAUUGUUGGUCUGCAAAUGGAAAAGACAGUGAUUGGUCUGUGAUGCUGAAGGACGAAACGGAUCUGUCGGAAGACUCGGAUCCCGAAUUGAAGCAAAUGAAGACCGUGAUUUCAUAUCAGAUGACGCAGCUGAGGAGUAUAACGAUGAAGCUGGAGGACGCAUACAACGGGGAGGACGUGGAGUCUUUGAUAAACGACAUCUACGGCAGUGGGGACAGCAGUGGUUACGAUGACCUCAGUGGAUCGGGCAGUGGUGAUCAUGAGGACGAUUCCAUCACGUACAAGGAAAACAAUGAACACCAAUCAAACACUGACGGCUACUACUUUGCAUCCACUACUCCGCGUACCAAAUCUUUCAGACCUGCGCCUGACGAUCGGUCAUCGGCCAGAGCGCCGCACUGGUCAGUGGCCGUACUCAGCCUAGUAUUCACCUCUCAACUAUUAUACACUCAUUUGUUUUUUUAAGAACUCCCAUGAAUAUAUAAAUAUAUAUACA